ACACCCACCCUUCUACGCCACGGAGAACAGGCGCGCAAGUGCGCAGGUGCAGCGCAUACGCUGCUUUCUACGAAGUUUCUGGAUAUCUGGGCGCAACGCAAAAUAUUGAUUACAUUUGACCACUCUGAGACUCCCCCUAGCUGGAAAGAGUGAUAUUCUGCUGUGAAGAUGUCUGUGUCUUCGCUCUACCUCAAACAAGACAACAUGGUGCGCUUCAAGAGGAGAAAGGCACGUUUCUCCUUCAGUGAAGUGCACAUCCUGCUGGACGAAGUGCGGAAGAACCGCCACAUUGUUGUGGGUAAGUUUAACGCCGGCGUUCCCUCUGACGUGAAGCGCAGGAAAUGGGCUGAGAUCACGGCGCGUGUCAAUGAGAUUGGAGAGUGUGACAGAGAGAUCAUGGAGGUGAUCAAGAAAUGGUCAGACCUUAAAUGCGACACGAAACGUAAAGUGGCCGCCCUGAGGACUGGUGCUUCGGUGUCCCUAAGAUUGGCACGGUCCAAUAUCGAACUGUCCCCGAUGGAAGUCAUCGUAGAAUCCAUCCUCGAACUGGACAAGAGACCGUGGGAAGCAACACAGCGGUCCAGAUCUCGCAGUCACGGUGAUGAUCAGGAGACUGUGGGCGAGGAUGAGGAAGAGGAGGAUGGAGGAUUUAUGGGGAUGAGGUCGGUCAACAGUUCCCCGAGCAGAGGAAUGGAUGUGGGAGGAAUGCCUGCUACUACAAGUGGGUCUGGGGGUGAGAUACAGUAUGAUAGCUCCAAACCUGGAGAUCCCGAAUCCCACUUAGACUCAGAUGAAGACAACCGUGACCUCUUCCCAUCAUCCUCUAUGGCAUCUGUCACUAACUCAUACUCUGAGGAGGAUGGAAUUGCAACUAGAGGCAGUGCUGGACACGUUUCCUCAACAGCCACCGCUUCUACUAAAAGACCAAUGUCUUUCUCAGGGGUGGAGCCAGACAGUUCACGUGAGCAGUUAGUGCACAACGCAAGCAUCAGCGUGCAGGAGCAGCACACUGCUAAUGCUCUUCUAGCCACCGUCUCCCGUUCGCUUGAGCGGCUUGCGGAGUCAGUGCAGCAGCUAGCAGAGACGCAACAGGAGUUUGCACGAGAAUCGCUGCAGCUACAGAGGGACACUGUGCAAGUGUUGCAAGAUUUUGCCUCUGGCGCCCUAACAAUACUGCAGGAAAAGGUCAACGGCAAACCUGCAUUGUGAAAUUUGUGUUUAGCAAUCAAAUAAUGGCACAGUGUGUGAUGCAUUGUUGAUAUGAUGGCUACAAAUGUGUGAUAAACACAGACACACCCUCUCACUGGAACCUUGGUGACCAUCAGAGGGCACAAUGUCAGGGUGUCAAAAUACUGUGAUUAAGUGCAAAGACAAAGAUGAAUAUUUUAGAAGAUGCUUUUAUUGUUUUCAAAAAUGUAAAGAUGUUAACAUUUGUCCCUAGUCAGGACAGACCACAAAGGGAUUUUGCUUGUGCCUAUAGUAAUAUCAUCUUCCACAACAAAAUAAAACACUUUUUCUUCAUUCCCUGAAAUUUGGGAUUGUUCAAAUUAACCUGUUGCAAGGAGAUUCACAGGACUGACACUGAUGUAUGCAUUUUAUGUAACAUCUGUUGACGAGUGAAAGAGCCCAAAAAGACCCCAAAAUGAAAAUUCUGUUAUCAUUUUCUUGCCCUCAUUUCAUUCCACACCUGUAUGACUUACAGUACGUUCUUCUGCAGAACACAAAAUAAGAGAUUUUGAGGAUGUUGGUAACCAGUUUUGGUGACCGUUGAUGUACAUUUUAUGGAAGAAAAAAAAAAUCAGACAUUUCUGAUGACAGACCAGGCAUUUCAAGUCGUUUAGAAAUCCUGUAAUCUCUUAGCUGUUAUGAGAAUGAGGUGUAUUUGUAGUAAGCUUAUCAUCCUAAUGCUGCUGCAAGGAGUGUGUUCUGUUUACUCACAGAAACGUUUCAUAUUUAUUACAACUCUGUGAGACAGUGCUUCUGUGAUAUUUGAGGUUAUUAACUUUCACAGACAGGAAACAUUAUAUAUACACGAGUACAUGCAGUCACAUUUAAUGGUGUUUAAAUAAGGACAACUAAAACUUUUCUAAGAUCAGUAUACAGUGUAAAAUAUGGUUUGAGGUAUCUGGGUCUCAUUAAAAUAGGUCUCAUAUUUUGUCUAGUAGGACAUUCUUUUUCUAGUGGAUCUUUUUCAUUUUUUUUUCUAUGCUUGUGUAUAAUGAUUUAAGAAAUUGGGACAAAUGUACAUAUUCAGGAACUGAAUUUCAUAUUCGAAGCUGUAAAUGCUGUUGUUUUGUAACUAGAGGGCAGUGUGUCUUUUAAUUUACACACAAGAUUGAUUGAUUUUUUUCUGCAAGUGUUUCUUCAAAGUCAUUGGGUUUUCCAGCAGUAUGAGUUUUGUGUGUGUGUUUGGUUUCUAAAUGAUAACAGCUCCAUAAGUGAGCCAGAUAUAUCAAUAAAUUUUAAUUGAAAGUUUGAA